AUGAGUCAACAGCGCGGCGCAACCCCUCUGCCCGAUUCCGACACGAGCCCGCCGCCAUCCCAGCCCGCAGCCGCCGAUGAUGCCGAGUCUUCAACAUCACAUCCAACCACCACUGCAGCCGCCCCUGCUAUCCCGCAUCCCUUGUCUCGCCCACCAAGUCCGAUCAGCAUGGCCCUCAUCACAGCCGACGAAGCCAAAGUCCAGGCCCGAAAUGAUCAGCUGGUACUCGUGGCCGAGGACAACAAGGUGCUGCAGAUGUUGCUGAACAAGAUUCUCGGCCGAGCGGGCUACAAGGUGCGCAUGGUGCCCAACGGGCAGGAGUGCUUGGACUACCUGAGGCGGACGGCGUUGUGGUGCUGUGAUGCGAAGGAGGAGAGGGAGCGCGAACAGGCGGUGGCGGUGGCGGUGCGGGGCAAGGCGGGAGAGUCAUCCGCGGGAGGCGGAGAGACAGCGGGGGGGAAAGAGGGGGGAGAAGCGGUGGAAGAGCCAUCGCCGGCCGUGAUUCUGAUGGACUUGUGCAUGCCCGUCAUGGGCGGGGCCGAGGCCACGCGGAUGAUCAGGGAGUGGGAGCGUGAGGGCCGGCUGGCGCGGCGCGUGCCCAUUAUCUCGAUGUCUGCGGCUCCCUCGACUCUGCAUGUGCAGAAGAACCCCGCGGACGAUACCUUGUGGAAGCCCCCCAAAAGGAGGGAGACAGUGCAGAUGCUGGACGAGUGGAUAGAGGAGUAUGAGAAUGGCAGCAGGAAUGGUGUGGAUGUGGGGAAGUUUGCCACGCUGAGCAUCAGGGUGCAUUCUGCGUAA